AUGGAAAAAACAAAAGAAAAAUGGGCAGCAUGUUUUAAUAAUGAUACAUUUAUAGCAGAUAUGACAACUACACAACGUGGCGAGUCAAUGAAUAAUAUGAUGAAAGGUUAUUUAGAUGCAAAUACUUCCCUUACUAU